UUCCCAUCAAGAAUCUCCAUUAUUCUUGCAACUCACAUAUUAAUUAAUUUGUAUUUUGAUGCCAUAUUUCUUGUUUUUCCACAAACAUCUUGAUCAUCAAUUUCAUCAACCUGGUGUUGAUCCCAGGUUUGAUAAUGUUGGCAUCCUUCCCCCGACACGAUGAUGGGGCGAAUGAGGAAUUGAGGGUAUAAGAUCCUUGAUUGGAUUGGGAUGGCAUACAACGUGGGGCGGACCCAAUCGUUGGGCGCCUACUCGCCCGAGCAGAAGGCCGCACAGACAACAGUGACGAGCAUUUACCAGACACACAUUGCCGGCUAUUGGCGCAACGUGACGGUGACGUGGAGCAAGAACCUCAUGAAUUACUCAUUAAGCAUCGCCGUGGACAGCGUCGACCAAAACGACGUCAUUUACACCUGCAAGAUCGACCUAAAACCUUGGCACUUUUGGGCCAAAAAGGGGUACAAGUGUCUGGAGGUGGACGGUACCCAGCUGGAGGCCUAUUGGGACCUCAAAUCGGCUAAAUUUUCGGCCGGCCCCGAACCCAUCUCCGAUUAUUAUGUCGCCCUUGUCGCACACAACGAGGUUGUCCUCUUACUAGGGGACAACAAAAAAAAGGCGUAUAAGCGAACCAAAGCCAGACCGGCCCUGGUCGAACCGGUCAUUUUCUACAAGAAGGAAAACGUGUUCGGGAAGAAGUCGUUCUCGACGCGAGCUCGAUUCGAUCAAAGAAAGCGCGACCACGACAUCGUGGUGGAGAGCUCCACGUCGGGGGAGAAGGAUCCGGAGAUGUGGAUAAGCAUCGAUGGGAUCAUCUUGAUCCACAUUCAGAAUUUGCAAUGGAAAUUCAGGGGGAACCAAACGGUUCUUGUGAAUAAACAGCCCGUGGAGGUGUUCUGGGACGUGCACGCCUGGCUCUUCUGCGCGCCCGGGACCCACCACGGGCUGUUUAUAUUCAAGUCCACCGACUUCGACGACGAAAACGAGUCGAGCUUGAGCGAGAGCCGCUGCGACGAGAGCGAGUGUAGUGGCAACAGCAGGUAUUUCUCGGUGGACGGCUACUCAAAGGGCGUCGAGUUUUGUCUCUUCCUGUAUGCUUGGAAGGUUGAGUGAGGGUUUCUCUUUUUCGAUCGACUUCAUGUAUUGUUUCCAGUAGAGCUUCAAAACAAACAUUUUUUUGUGGAUCAAUCAACUUGAGCAUUUUUCUGUGCUUCA